GUCCCUUCUCUCUCUACAAAUAAACAAAAGUCAAAUGUCUUUUUUUCUUACAAGUUUCUGAAAGAUAUAUAUAGUAUUAUCUUCGUCAAUUCUCAUUUGUUUGAAAAUGGGGUGCAAGCAAUUAGUGGAGAAGCCAAAGCAAAAGCAUAAGAGGGGAUUAUGGUCUCCAGAUGAAGACCAGAAGCUCAAAGACUACAUCCUCACCUAUGGACAUGGCUGUUGGAGCUCUGUGGCAAUCAAUGCUGGCUUGCAAAGGAAUGGAAAGAGUUGCAGAUUGAGGUGGAUUAAUUAUUUAAGGCCUGGCCUAAAGCGAGGGACUUUUAGCACUGACGAGGAGGACACAAUUCUGACCCUUCAUGGAAUGUUAGGCAACAAGUGGUCUCAAAUAGCACAGCAUUUGCCUGGAAGGACCGACAACGAAAUAAAGAACCACUGGCACUCUUAUCUAAAGAAGAGAGUGGCUAAAAUGGCAAAAAAUGAAUCUGGGCAGGCUAAAUCUGGAUGCACUGGCCUACAUAUUGAACAUAGAGAAUCUUCACCUUCUUCCAUAAAAUUGGCUUCCCAAAAUUCAAGUCCGGACUCAUUAGCAGAUAGUGAUCAGUCUGCUUCACUACUGGUUGACUUUGCAAGAGAAAAUUGCAAAAGCAAUUUACCAAAAGUCUUAUUUUCUGAAUGGUUCUCGGUAGAGCAAUUUAGUGGUCGAGAGGAUUUCAAGAACACAACCAAUCAAGAUCUUUCCAAAAAUAAUUUUGGAUGCAACGAUUCAGUGUUCCCAGAUGCUUUCAUGCAAUAUGUUCCUAUUAUGAAUGAAGUUACCUAUGGGAAUGGCAUAAGUCAAGGUUUUAACAGUGGGAAGGUAGAUGACUUUGAGUCAAGGUUUCAGCCACCAUUCAAGUUUGGUUUUGAGGAAUUUAUAUCUGGGGAAUUUAACACAAAUGGUGAUGUAAUGUACACAUGAGUUCUUUUUUUCAACCUCCUUCAAGGAGAAUUACUUCUAAUUGCUUUACCAGAUAAUGUUAAUAAAUUGUUUGGAACGAAUAAUGCAGGACAGUUAAAAGCGGUAAUGUUAUGUCGUGUUUUUUUUUCCUCA